UCCUCCUAGGCCAGCGAACCUUACUGAACACUGGCGAGGUCUCCGCCUCUAGGAAUAGAAUCGCCGGGUGGGUGGGGUCGUCUGGAGGUAGCUGGCUCCGCCUGGCCCGCGGGCGAGUCCGGAAUACAGUUACCCACCUCAGUUGCCCACCGGAAAGCAAAGGGAGAGGAAGACGCCAGACCAGAAACGGAAGAGAGCGCGGGGGAUGUGUUUGGCAUGGGGACGCACUGUUUCAGUUGCUCUCCUGGUUGGCUUUGUGUCUCCGCGGUGUUUCCUAGAGUCUCGGCGUUUCUAACUCUUCGCACCCUUUCCUGCCAUCCUUUGUCCCCUGGAAGCCCAGAGACAUCAGCGGCUGCAAUUUUGCUACUCGCUGCUCGGCGUGGAACUGUCAGGACAAAAAAUAAUAUCCAAAGAUAUUUUGGCACUAACGGCGCGAUCUGUAGCAAGAAAGUUGAGCAGUGUGAACUGUUGAGACUGCCAAGGAGACUUGAGAACCAAGACAGUGUAAAGGAAAACAGGGAAAAAGACUUGUUAGACAUUAUUAAGGGCACGAAAGUUGAAUUGAGCACGAAAGUUGAAUUGUAAAUGUACAAACAACAAAGCCACCCAACAGAAGUCCACUUAAAAGCUACAACUGGCGGGCCUCAAAGAGCUUUAGGACAUGCUCCAGAGAAGAGAAAUGAGUCCCUGAGUCCUGAGUUGGUGGCAGCUGCAUCUGCUGCUCUGUUUUGACAAGCAGGCAAGCCAGAGCUGCUCAGGCAGCUCCAUAGCAUGAGGAAGAGUCAGGGGCACAGAGAGAUGGAGAGAGACCUAAUUAGUUUCAAUAACAAAAUAUCAGAUACGAAAAUUGCCAGAUGUGCUACAGCUAGAGUUAAUAUAAGGCCAGAGCAUCAGAUUCAGUUUGACCAAGGCUAUGACAAUUAUCCUGGCCAGGAGAAGACCGCUGAUCUUAGAAACAGAGAGGGAACCAUGUGCUGGAGUUUGCCAGUCCUGCAUUUUUCUAUACCUUAAAUCAAAAUGGGCCAUGCUUCAUAUCUACCCAUGAUGAAUAGGGUUCCUUUGAUUUAGAAUAAAUAGAGCUGACUGAACUCUGAACAAGAAAAAUAUAUUCAGGGGGAAGAGAUGUAAUAGAUUUCACAUUAUGGCAGUUACUAAAGAAGCACGUGAACAGACACAUCACCUUCACUUUGGGAUAUGGAAUGUGGUAAGCAGUUAGCCACAAAAUAUGAACAACCCCUUUAGAAUGAGAUUGAAGAGCUGAUCCAGUGGACAAAAGAGGGGAAACUGAGAGUUCCCAAUUAACAAUGAAGCAGUCUCGCGAGCUCUUGUCCUCCAGGCUUGCAUGCAAUGGCUCGAUCUCGGCUCACUGCAACCUCCGUUUCCCGGAUUCAAAUGAUUCUCCUGCCUCUGCCUCCCAAGUAGCUGGGAUUAAGGCGCCUGCCACCAUGCCCGGCUAAUUUUUGUAUUUUUAGUAGAGACAAGGUUUCACCAAGUUGGCCAGGCUGGUCUCGAACUCCUGACCUCAGGUGAUCUGCCCGCCUUGGCCUCCCAAAGCGCUGGGAUUACAGGCGUGAGCCACCGCGCCCGGCUGAAAACAUUUUAUUAAUAACUUCUUAAGCAUUUUUCUCUCCUUCCUCCCAAGAUUUCAAUAAACUGAUGCCAAGAAUUUACGGAGAAAAUUAUAAAAACUUUACUAAAAGACAUACGAAUAACUGAAUGAAACAAGCAAUUAUGUUCAUGGACUGGAAGAGGCAAUACAAGGGAAAGAUAUCAUUUCUCCUCAAACAAAUCCGCAAAAUCAAAGUGAACAAUUUGUUGUUGUUGUUGUUGUUGAGACUCACACUGUUAUGAAUGCUGGAGUGCAGUAACACGAUAAGAGUCUCAAUCUCCUGGGCUCAAGCGAUCCUCCUGCCUCAGCCUCCCAAGUAGCUGAGGCACGCGCCACCAUGCUUGGCUAAUGUUUUUAUUUAUUUUUUGUAGAGAUGAGGUCUCACCAUCUUGCCCAGGCUGGUCUUGAACUCCUGGGCUCAAGUGAUUUUUCUGCCUUGGCUUCCCAAAGUGUUGGGAUUACAGGUGUGAGCCACUGCACCCAGCCUGCACAAAUCUUGUGCAUAACUUGAUAAAAUUUUAUGUUUGAAUACACUGCUGUGAUUACCAGCCAGAUCAAGAUAUGUAACAUUUCCCGCAUCCGAGAAGAUUUCUUCAUGCGUCUGUUCCCCACCCUCCCUGACAACCAGGAGGUUCCCUUAUGAUACCUCUCGUCUAAGUAUCUAAGUGGAAUCAAUCAUAAUGUACUCUGUCUGGCUUUUUUUUUUUUUUACCACAACUUAUGUAUAUACGGUUCAUCCAUAUUGUUGUGUGUAGUAGUCGUUCAUUCUUAUUGCUAUGUAAUAUUUUUUUCUCCUAUUUAAGGACAUUUAGAUUAUUUCCCGUUUUUGCUAGCUUGGGUAAUGCUGCAAUGAAUAUUCUUCUACAUGAUCAUAAAUAAUAAAUACUCUUGGGUAUAUGCCCAGUGGUAGAAUUAUUGGGUUAUGGUCUGUAUAUAACUAGCUUUAGUAGAUAGUGUCUGAUAUAGUUUGGAUAUGUCCCCACCCAAAUCACAUGUCAAAUUGUAAUCCCCAGUGUCGGAGGUGGGGCCUGGUGGGAAGUGACUGGACCAUAGGGGUGGGUUUCUCAUGAAUGGUUAAGUACCACCUCCCUUGGUACUGUCCUCGCAACAGUGAAUUCUUGUGAGAUCUGGUUGUUUAAAAAUGUGUAGCACCUACCCCCACCCUACUUGCUCCUGCCAUGUAAGAUGGCUGCUCUACCUUUGCCUUCUGCCGUGAUUGGAAGCUUCCUGAGGCCUCUGCAAAAGUAGAAGCUGCUAUGCUUCUUGUACAGUCUGCAGAACCAUGAGUGAAUUAAACAUUUUUUCUUUAUAAAUUACCUAGUCUCAGGUAUUUAUAGCAAUGCAAGAACAGACAUAUGGUACCACAGUUUUCCAAAAUGAUUAAACUCUCACCAACAAUAUAUGAAAGAUACAGUUGCUACAUAUCCUUGUCAAUGCUUGGUAUUGGAUGUCCUUUUAAUUUAAGCCAUUCUGGUGGUAGUUUUGGUAUCUCAUUGAUUUCAAUGUCCGUAAUACAUAGAACUUCUUUUCAUGUUGGGCCCAUAGGUCAGUCUUGGAAUUCACCCUUUCAGAGGCCAUACAUAUAUGUGUAUUGGUGCAUGGCAGAGGCUGGCAUACACAUAUUAGUAUAUGGCUGAGCCAUAACUGGAGCAUACCUGAGACUAACCCUAUGGUCUAAGAAGAACUUACGUUUGGAGUCCUGGACUAAGGAAUCCAGGAGUAGCCAACCCAGAGAUUCACUCCUUAUCUAUGAAGGACAUCCACAUCCCUGGCCCGUAUCUUAGGCUGUACAGGAGAUCAAGGCCCUUUGUUUUGGGUUAAAUGGAGGUUGCUAGAAGGAGGGUGCUAAGUGAAAAUGCUAUAUAGACUAUAUGCUUUUUACAAAUGGUAGCAGUUCACCAGGCCAGCCCACCACCACUGGACCACCCUUGUAUGUAAAUCCUGAAUAAACCUUGUCUCCUUCACUGACUCUGCCUCUCUUCUUACAGUGCCAUCCCAACUGGAGUCAGUGGGGUCCAGAAGGACAAUUGGCCAUUUAGAUAACAUUUGAAAAUUAACCAACGUAAUACACAGUAACAUUAAAAAAUACAAAUGAACAUUUCAAUAAAGGCAGAAAAAGUAGUUGAUAUUCAAUGCUUUCCUCCUGAUGUUAUGACCAAGACAAGGAAGUCCAUUAUCACUAUUUUUAUUCAACAGUGGAAACACUAGCCAGCAACAAAAGGCAAAAAUAAAUAAAAAUAAAAGGUAUAAAGGUUACAGAGAAGUUAAACCAUCUCUGUUAGUGGAUUGCAAGAUUUUGAUCACAGAAAUUCCGAAAGAAUCUACAGAGUAUUACAAAUAACAAGGGAACUUAGCAAGAUGCUUGAAUAUAAGGUCAGUAUGUUAAAAUCAAUAUUGUUUAUUCUUACGAGUAGAAUAUAAAAAAGUCAAAAUGCCAUUUAACAUUGUAUACAAAACACUAAAUACUCAAGAAUAAAUCUAAUGAAAGAUAUAUAUGAUCUCUAUACUGCAAUCUAUCCAAGCACAGCUGCAUUAAAAUAUAGAUAUAUGUGCAAUCUACAAAACACUGCCAGGAGAAAUUAAAGACCACUUAAAUAAAUGGUGGGGGAAGAAUGAUAUUCAUGGAUUGAAGGACUUGUUGUUAAGAUACUAGUUUUCCCGAAACAGAUCUAUAGAUUCAACGCGAGCCCAGUAAAAAUCCCCCUUUUUUUUUAACAAGCUAAUUCCAAAAUUCACCUAGAAAUACAAAGGCCGUAGAAUAAGCCAAAACAAUAUUGGGAGAAUAAGUUACAGGACUUAAAGAUUUAUUAUAAAACUACAUUAAAUUAACACAGUUUGGUACUGGUAUAAAGUUAGACAAAGACUACUCCCUCCCGCUCCUCAAUCUGCCCCCAUCCCUAGAACGUGCUGGCAGCUUUCUCCACCCGAUCUGCAAGGGUUAAAGGGCGCUGAGGAAGGGGUGACCGACUGGGGUGGGAAACAAAGUGGCACUGAGAUAACUUCAGGCCACCCUCCUCCCCUCAGUACCUUCGGAUGAAAAGUUUCCCCUCUUGGUCUGGGAAGCCCACUAAGAAGAAAGCCUGGGCUGUGGCGUUCUGGGGAAGUGAACAGUACGGUCGCCGGGCGCGUUGCCCCAGGAACCAGAAGGCUUUUUGCCGCUAUUAGGGCAGAAUGACUUCCGGCAAGUCCCAGCCGUUUAGAAUUCCCAGCCCAAAGAUCGCGGGGGAAAUACACGCGUCAUCCGGGCCUCUGCUCCCGGAAGAGACCACGCAGCCGCGGAUGACGUAAUGAAGGCGAAAGGGCUUGGCUACCUGUGGCAGCCAUGAUAAAAACUAGGGAAAAUGGGAGCUCGAAGUAGCUUGCGUUAUUAACAGACAUACAAACGCUCCAAACCGCCACACGUUCCUUAGGGACGACAGUACAUUACAAAAGUGCUUCUAAACUACUACUGAAAGCUUCUUGGGAGUGCCCGCUGGCGUGGACGCGGUGGAAGGGAGGGAGAACGUGUACGCCCCAGGCCUCCGUAACCAUGGCUGCGAGGGGCGGGGACUGGGAGCGCUGGUCCUGGGCCGGGGUGGGGGUGGGAGGACUCGGUCCUCCACUGUCCCAGCCGGCCCCGCGCCGGCGUGUCGCCUCCCGUCCCGCUAGCAGCACGCUGCGUGGCUGCUCGUUGGCUAUUUAGGACGGAAGCUCGGUUGGUGUUUCUCCAGAAGUUUCCCCCUUGGGCGGUGGUGGAGGUGGUAACCGUGAUAGUAGCAGCUCCGGCGGCAGCAACAGCGACUACGAGGGAUGGCGGCGGCUGCAGCAGGAACUGCAACAUCACAGAGGUUUUUCCAGAGCUUCUCGGAUGCCCUAAUCGACGAGGACCCCCAGGCGGCGUUAGAGGAGCUGACUAAGGCUUUGGAACAGAAACCAGAUGAUGCACAGUAUUAUUGUCAAAGAGCUUAUUGUCACAUUCUUCUUGGGAAUUACUGUGUUGCUGUUGCUGAUGCAAAGAAGUCUCUAGAACUCAAUCCAAAUAAUUCCACUGCUAUGCUGAGAAAAGGAAUAUGUGAAUACCAUGAAAAAAACUAUGCUGCUGCCCUAGAAACUUUUACAGAAGGACAGAAAUUAGAUAGUGCAGAUGCUAAUUUCAGUGUCUGGAUUAAAAGGUGUCAAGAGGCUCAGAAUGGCUCAGAAUCUGAGGUGUGGACUCAUCAGUCAAAAAUCAAGUAUGACUGGUAUCAAACAGAAUCUCAAGUAGUCAUUACACUUAUGAUCAAGAAUGUUCAGAAGAAUGAUGUAAAUGUGGAAUUUUCAGAAAAAGAGUUGUCUGCUUUGGUUAAACUUCCUUCUGGAGAGGAUUACAAUUUGAAACUGGAACUUCUUCAUCCUAUAAUACCAGAACAGAGCACGUUUAAAGUACUUUCAACAAAGAUUGAAAUUAAACUGAAAAAGCCAGAGGCUGUGAGAUGGGAAAAGCUAGAGGGGCAAGGAGAUGUGCCAACACCAAAACAAUUCGUAGCAGAUGUAAAGAACCUAUAUCCAUCAUCAUCUCCUUAUACAAGAAAUUGGGAUAAAUUGGUUGGUGAGAUCAAAGAAGAAGAAAAGAAUGAAAAGUUGGAGGGAGAUGCAGCUUUAAACAGAUUAUUUCAGCAGAUCUAUUCAGAUGGUUCUGAUGAAGUGAAACGUGCCAUGAACAAAUCCUUUAUGGAGUCGGGUGGUACAGUUUUGAGUACCAACUGGUCUGAUGUAGGUAAAAGGAAAGUUGAAAUCAAUCCUCCUGAUGAUAUGGAAUGGAAAAAGUACUAAAUAAAUUAAUUUGCUCUCA